GAAGACAAACCUCCACCUUUGUUGUGUCACAAAAUCUCCAAUGGCGUCCUCACUUCGACUCUCCGAUUGAAAAUUCUCCCCCAGAAUCUUCAUCUAGGGUUUCUCUCUCCCAUCAAAUUCCCAGUCGUCUCCAUCUCCCUUAAAGAGCUAUGGCUAUGUCUUCGUUCGAUCUGAUCCUGAAACCAGCGUGCGAGGGUUGCGGAUCUCCAUCGGAUCUCUAUGGAAGCAACUGCAAGCACAAAACCCUAUGCGCUUCUUGCGGGAAGAGGAUGGCCGAGAGCCGAGCGAGGUGCAAUAUCUGCGGCAUCCCCAUCACCAAGUUGAUCAGGGAGUAUAAUGUUCGUGCAAGUGCCAGCACAGAUAAAUCAUACUUCAUCGGUAGGUUUGUCACUGGUUUACCGCCAUUUUCAAAGAAGAAGUAUGCCGAGAACAAGUGGACUCUUCACAAGGAUGGGCUUUUAGGACGCCAAGUGACAGAUGGUUUGCGGGAGAAAUACAAGAAUAAGCCCUGGCUUUUGGAGGACGAGACUGGUCAGCAUCAGUUUCAAGGCCAGCUUGAGGGAGCACAGUCUGCAACAUAUUAUUUGCUUGUAAUGCAUGGGAAGGAGUUUGUUGCUAUUCCUGCCAGUUCCUGGUACAAUUUCAACAAAGUUGCACAAUAUAAGCAAUUAACUUUAGAAGAAGCUGAGGAGAAGAUGAAUAAACGGAAAAGCAAUGCAACUGGCUAUGAAAGAUGGAUGAUGAAGGCAGCCACUAAUGGAGCUGCUGCUUUUGGUGAAUUGAAGAAGUUGGAAGGCAUGAAUGAUGGUGGGGCUGAAGGGAAUCGUUCCAAGAAGGUGAAAAGCGAAGAUACUGGCGAUCAUUCUGACAAAGGCGAGGAAGAUGUUGAAGAGGAGGAGGCAAGGAAGAAUAGACUUGGGCUUAAUAAGAAGAGUGGUGGUGAUGAUGAUGAUGAUACUAAAGGGGACAUGGAUUUCGAUGACGAUGACAUUGAAAAAGGCGAUGACUGGGAACAUGAAGAAAUAUUCACUGAUGAUGAUGAAGCUGUAGGGAAUGAUCCAGAGGAGCGGGAGGAUUUGGCCCCUGAAAUCCCUCCCCCGCCAGAGAUUAAGCAGGAUGAUGAGGAAGAAGGUGAAGAAGGAGAAGAAGAGGGCUUGAGUAAAUCUGGGAAGGAGUUGAAGAAGCUUCUUGGAAAAGCAGCUGGGCAGAAUGAGUCUGAUGCAGAGGAAGAUGAGGAUGAUGAUGAAAUGGAAGAUGAGAAUAUAAGUUCCCCUGUUCUUGCUCCAAAACAGAAAGACGGAAUAAAGGAGGAACCUGCUGAUAUCAGUCCUUCAAAGACAACUCCUAGUGGAUCUGCUCGUGGGACGCCAUCCACUUCCAAAUCCAAGGCAAAGAAGAAAUCUGGAAACGAUGACGUGAAAACUACAAAUAAUGUAUCUGUAAAGAAGGAACCAAAACCACUUGUUAAAGAGGAGCCUUCUUCUGGCUCCAAACCUAGUGCAUCCUCAAAAUCUUCUGCUUCUGCUGCUUCAAAAAUUGGAUCAACUCUGUCUUCUGGACCUGUUACAGAGGAGGAAAUUAGAUCUGUUCUUUUGGCUACGGCUCCACUGACUACACAGGACUUAGUUGCAAACUUUAAGGGCAGGAUUAAAUCUCAAGAGGACAAGAGGGCAUUUGCAGAUAUUCUAAGGAGAAUAUCCAAGAUACAGAAGACGAAUGGCCACAGCUAUGUCGUGCUGAGAGAAAAGUGAAAGUCUUCUUCCUUGAUACACGUCUGCAUUUCCUUGCUGCUGGUUCUGAAUUUUUGGGAAUUCCUUCAGAUUUCUUUUCUUGGUUUGGGUUUCCUUCAGACUGCAGAACACUACUACGAGCAGGCAUAUUAGCUGGUUCCCAAGAAUUCUGCGAAAAGCUUGGUUAUUACUGUUUUAAGCCCUUUGGUUGUAUUCAUCUUGAAAUUGAACUCAGAUUUUAGAAAGGGACUCGGAUCAACUUGAACGAACAAGGAAGAGUCAAAAUAGAGGAGUAUUAUGAACUGAAAAUAAUAAUGCUUACUUGGGUGUAUAUGUAAUCACGGAAGUUUAUGAUUUUGCUUUUACUCUAUUAACACAACUCAGGUACUUUAUUUCUGAGAUACGGCUUGGCCUCAUUUGGUUGUAUUCAGCGAGUGUUUGACUUGUAGCUUGUGUUUGUGGGAUUUUCUAAAAAUGUUUUGAAUUGCUGUGGCCCGUAAAAUUUUUGGCGAUAAUGUACUUGGGGGAUAGUUGCGUU